CCGGCGGGAAACAGGCGCGCGACCAGCGGCAAUCUCCGGUUGCUAGCUGCCCUUGUGUUCGCAGGGUGCACAGAAGGCUGCCCCAACGCCGUCGACGCGCGCUCUACCAGCAUGACACGGCGCAAUGCCCUGCAAAACGACGUCCUGAAGGGCGCGAACCGCCUGCGCAACGCCGUGGCGGCGGCGCGCGGCGACCAAUCGAGAGAAACUUUAUUGAGGGAGCUCGAAGCCAUGCUGAAACGAGAAAUCGCCGCCGAGAAGAAGACGCCCAUCCCCUGCCGCCGCAAGCGCAAGCGCGAGGUGCUCCGCUUCUCCUGGGCGCCCUGCGAGAAGUUACGGGGCCUGCGCGAGGUCGCCGAGGCGCUCGGCUGCGGCGCGAAAUGGACGUCGCUCGACGACGGCCGCCGCGGAUUGCUCAAGGCGGUGCGGAAGCUGCGCGCAUCAGCGGACACCGUCGAGCGGGCACCGGAGGGAAUUAGAAUAGCGUACCUGCCCGAUCCGGUCAAGUCGCAGGGCGCGCCGCCCGAGCGCUACGCCGCCGCCGUGCUCGAGAGCCUUGGUGAGAGGAACGUGGCUGAGGUGUGCUCGUUAUCACCAGAGGACGUCAUCCGCGGGCAGCUGACGACAGAUAAAUUCGACGUGCUGCUCAUUCCCGGCGGGUUUGCGCAGAAUACGUUGGACGCUCUAGGAAAAGCCGGAGGCGAGCGGGUCCGCGCCUUUGUCAGGAGUGGGGGCGGCUACGUCGGCAUCUGCGCCGGGGCCUAUUUAGGAUGCAAGGGCUGGCUGGACGUCCUCCCUGAGUGUUCUGUGGUGGACUUUGAGCACUGGUGCCGCGGCCGGAGCGACGACUGCGUGCUCAAGCUCCGGGAGCCGUUUGAGCUCUUCAAGGCGCGGCCGGGCGAGGGCGCCAUGUCCGUGGUGUCGCGCUACGCGAACGGGCCGCUCCUGCGCGCGACGGGUAGCGCUCGCGUCGCGGCGACCUUCGCUAGUGAUUUUACCCGCAACGUGCGCAAGAAGCGCGGCGACGCCGAGGAGCUGCCGCGGGGCGUGAUGCCGCGCCACGCGUCGAUCGUGCUGGGCGAGAACGGCGGGCGCGUCGUGCUCAUCUCGCCGCAUCUGGAAGACGGGGAGCCCGCGGCGCGUCGGCUUUUGCGAGCGUGCGUGCGGUGGGCCGCGAAGACGGCGCCGCCGAAAGACGACCUGCCGCCGCCCGACGACGUCUAUGGGCCAAUUCGUCGCGCCUGGCUGGCAUGCCGGAAAUCUCGUUACGAGAUCUCUGAUAUCGCCGAAGACAGGUCGAACGCGCUGGCGGCGCUCUGGAGGGAAGACGAGACCCGGCGGCGGCGCGCGGAGAUGACGGCGGCGCGCGCGUCGUCGGCGCCACCGCGCCACCGAAUCAAGAGCGCGAUCAGGAGAGCUGCUUUGGUAUUGUAAUUAUGAAGUUUCG